UUGAAUAUAUACAAUCUUUUUCCAGAAAAAUAAAAAAUGAAAUUCAACAUUUCUUUGUUACUAACUAUUUUGGGUGUUUCCAGCAUUCAAGCGGCUUCCGUUGAUACUUGUAAUAAAAAUUUGUCUAAAAAGGAUCAAGAAGUACUAGAUGCAUGUAUUAAUAAACUCCAAGAAAAUUUACAACUUCUUCGUCAAUCUGAAAGAGGUUUAAUUACAUCACGUGAGAAUGCAUCAAAGAAUGAUAUUAAGGUUAUAAAACUUACAAUCGGCAUUGUACAACAACAAGAGCAUUUGAUCAUAUAUAUUCUUGAAUCUACAAAAGUAUUAGAAGACUGCGUUAAGUGUGGCUUAUUACAACAAGCUAUUAAGAAAUUAACAUGUUGCCUAGAGAGUGCUGAUGGUCUCAUCCAAAUUUUGAAAACAAAGUUAGGCUCGGAACUAGUUGAUAAAGUAAUGAACGAUAAAAUGCCUACGUUAGUACAAAAUAGCAAGGGGGUUAUACAAGAUCUAACAGGUUUAUUAGAUUGUAAUACAACGAAAAAUUAAGGCGAUUGUAAGAAAUGAGGAAAACCAAAUUAAAAUAAUAUAAUUUAUUUUAUUAUAUCCAAUUUCAAAAAAUUAUAAAAUAAAGGGUGUUUGGGUAA